AACAGAAUCCAAUACGUCCGCUCUUGGAUUGCCCGUAUAUCUAUCUGCUUCCUCCGGAAAUGACAAAGUCUCGCACUGCGCCAGGUGGCGAUUCCUCGGAAUCUUCUUCAGAUAAGCAUGCCAAAAUCCCUGCGAAAAUCCGUUGGCUUCAUGACAAUCUUCCUUGGCGUCGCUUUAUGAUUGCGGAAGCUGUCACGCUGUUGGGCAUCACAGUUGGGGUCAUCAGCGUUUGCCUCACGAUCCAGCAGGCAUCUAUGGCCCUAACACCUCCAUGCGAAUCAACCACAUGCGAAAGUGCCCUCAGCUUUUCUGCCGUCUCACUUCACAAGAGAAUUCAUCCCUGUGAGAACUUCUACCAGUACGUGUGUGGUAACUGGCCAGAGAGCAAAGGAGCGUCCGUUGCAGAGUCCGUCCUCACGUACAAGGUGGAGAAUUUGGAUAGACUACUCACCAAGAUUAGAGUACCUGUGGAUAAAGGAGUUGACUUAGAUGCUCUGAAGAAGAUGGCGCUCUAUUAUCAGUCUUGCAAGCACGCGUUGAGUGCCCAGGCAUCUGUCAGCGACGGUAUCCAGAGCACGCUGUCGAUGUUGCAGCUAGGGUGGCCAGAUUUCCAAGCGUUCGGGAAUGACCUGGACAAGUCCAUACCCCAUAUUGUUACCAUGUCGCUCGUGUACGGAUUCGAAAUGGGAGUGCGACUUCGUACCGUUAAAGAUGACCUUUUUAUGGAACAGUCGUCUUCUCUGAUGCAAAUGUUGAAGAUCAACGAACGCCUUCUGGAAGACAGUAUCAUUCGGACUGUGCACGCCGGACAAAUUCCCAUGAUUUCGAACGUAGAUCUUGAAAACCUUGUGGAGUUCGACUCGUCACUAGGAACGUUGAGCAAAGGUCGAGGCAACACCUGGAUCGGUCGGUCCACUGCAGACGUCUUCGGCAAAUCCAGGCGGCUGUCCGUGUGGAAAGAUGCUAUCGCCAAAGUCGUGUCGCCCUCCAGCCUGUUCCGUGCAGGGGGUGUCAUAUAUUCCCGAAAUCUCCCUGGCGUAGAAAAUUUCACGCAGGCCUUUAUUGAUCUCAAUCCUUCUACCAAGUCCUUUUGGCUUUACGUGCACACUGUGAUCACAGCAGUAGAAAUACUCACUGUGCAGGCGCGAGCUACGACAACAACAAACAAUGUCUCGUCAAUGGAGGUCUCGUACUGCUACGAAGCUACCAGCGCCCACGACUUCGGCUUUGGUCUAGACGUAUUUGCUUCUUGGUCGUCGGUGGGCUUUAAGGGCUACGCUGAGGUCAUGAAGAUGGUGGAGUUGCACCGUGCGCGAAUGGGAGGCAUCAUACGGCGCACGUUCCAGGACGACCUCGUGGACAUUGGGUUGGGAAUGUUGACAAACGUCCAAGUGGUGUUCCUUCUUGGAGCAGUGGCUGAGGGAAAAGAGCUUGUGGAGCGCAUGUAUAGCGCCACGGUUGUCGGCAAAGAUUUCUACAAGAACAGACUCUCAAUAGCUCAUCCAGCUUCAAAGUUCAUUGAACAGUACUGGAAAUGCUUAGAGAGGGGGGGCACACUCACAUUCUACAGCGAUGACUUCCUGUGUAUAUGGUCUCAAGCCGUCUUUAAACCAAUCUACUACGGCGGAGGGGAGCCGGUAAUUAACUUUCCCACCUUAGGAUUUAUAGUAUCUGUUGCAUUCGUGAAUAACUUUCUCAACACAAUCUAUUACAUGCGGGAGGGUACCAAUCAGGAGGUGUACGAUAGAGUCAUGAGGACACAAGAAUGCCUCGGAAACCAAUACGAAGCUUUAAGCCACGUGCAGAGACUCAACGCGAGCCGCGAAGAAGUCGCGAAAGGUUUAUUGAUCCUUUCUGGAGCUCUGCAGCUAGCCUACGAAACGGUCGAGGCGACUUCGAAGUUCAAGUCAAACUUAGAACGGCAAUUGUUUUUCGUAAGGUUCUGCACAAUGUUUUGUAGCGUCACCCCUACGAAGACGUACGUGGAGAAGUCGUAUUUCGCCUCUGUGGACAUGUGCAAUAUUGUGGUUCGCAACGUGCUACCAUUCUACUUGGCAUUCCAGUGUUUUCCAGAAGAUUACAUGGGGAACACUGAGGUGUGCAGAAUUUUUUAGUGAGUAUUGCUAACAAACUGUGCUAAAAUAGUAAAGCAAUGUUUGCAAUGCA